AUGGCUGAGACUGUAGGGAAAUCAGGCUGGGAAAACAUGGGCGACGAUAACCAAUUCAGGGAAAACAACUAUCCUGAAGUUCUGCGGACGUGGGCAGUGGCGAUUCCGUUAAUGUUCCUUGUUCUGGUAACUGUCACAGGUAACGGUACAGUUAUCGUCAUGUUCUUUCGGAUGACGAAAUUGCGUAAUUUCAAGAACAGCUUCAUCGCAAAUUUGGCCAUUGCCGAUUUUCUGGUCGGGUGUACGGAACCCGUUUCCGUGUUGGAGACUGUGCGAGGAGAGUGGCCCAGUGGGAUUGUCGGAUGCCAUGUUUUCUUGGUGGUUCGGUACUCGUUGUGUUACAUGUCGCUGUGGAGCAUCUUGUUCAUUAGUCUCGAUCGAUGGUGGUCCAUUCAUCAUCCAUUCUCUUACCGCGUACGUCGCAGCAAGCGCCUAGCAAUGUGGGCCAUUGCCUGUGGAUGGACAUUAAGCUUCAUUGUGCAUAUAUUGCCCAUCAUUAGCUGGCAUAUACAAGGAAAUCACAAAAACCUCAACCAGGACAUUCCUACAAACUCCAACACUGACGCCCGAGAAGAGCUUGCCAGAGAGACUUUGUGUUUACAUCCGUUCAGACAAGAUUUUACAUUCACUACCGUGGCUGUUAGCCUGGAAUUCAUUCUAUUACUCCUAGCUCUAGUGUCUCUGAAUGUGAGCGUUUUUGUGAAGAUCCGAAGGCGAAAAGCUACCAAAAUCCGGCGUUCUUUAAGCACAUCGGAAUAUUGCUUUCACAUGUCGAGAAAGUCAUCUUCGGACUCCGAGAACACAAUCGCCGAAGAUGACCACGGUUUUUUCCGAAGACAGGAGAACAGGUUCCUCACGUAUAAACAGUAUAAGCCAAUGGCUCGACGCCAUACGUUGGCACAAGACAUUCUCCACGCCGGCGUUUCGGCGUCACAUUUGGCCCGCUUGGCAUCGUCCAGGAAAGUGUCAUUUGACGUCACUGUGUUGGCACAGCCGCUGGCGCUACGGAAAUCGUCACACCACAGCGUGAUUUCAAGGAACAGUCUUUCACCUUGCACAGGGUACACUCGACGGCAAAGCACGGGUGAAGAACUAGUUCGUGAUUUGAUGAUUAGACAAGACAAGAAAGCAGCUUGCUCCCUGGGCCUUCUGGUAUUUGUGUUGACAGUUUGUUGGGCUCCAUUGUGUGUCUGUAGUAUCAUUUACUCUUUUGACAGCUCUUUCAUACCUGCAUGGGCUUUAGCCGUUACCCAGUGGCUCACCGCCUGUAAUUCCGCUCUUAAUCCGUUCCUGUAUGCUAUUGGGAACGCUGAGUUCCGGAAAGUGAUCAAAUCGUGGAUAGGUUGUGUGGAUACUGGCCCGUUUAAAUACCAUAAGGCGUUUCUGUAUCAUAGUAUACAGUUACCUACCGACGGGGAAAACACUAGAGAACCUACAACGCCGAACUUGUCCAAAGACUGA